ACUAGUUUCUUAUAUAAGAUUCUUAUCACUAUUCUACGCACUCCUAUCGACUGGCUUAUUAAGAAAUUCAUAAGAUACCUAUAGAAAUCCUACAUAACGCUUGAUCUCUAGGCUAAAUGCUGAAAGUGCUUGUCCGUAUAGAAAUAGAAAAUCUCCUGGGUUAUCGAGUGUGCUAGUUUCGACAAGCACUUUUCAGCAGCUCAACAUCAACUUUAUUUUUUUUAUUCCGGUGAUAUGAUUCAUUUUUUCCUUAUGAGAAAUCUCAAGCUUCCUAGUAUCGUAGAUUUUCUUCAGUUUUAAGGACAUCAUUUUGCCACAAAAGUUCUUUUCAUUUUGAAGUACAGCCAUAAGUUCUGCUACUGUUAAUUGAAAAAAACAGUGGUAUUUCCAUUUUUUGAAGAACUCUCUUAAUGCAAUCUGUUAUGUCUAUAAAAAGAAAAUUACAGAGGUAUAGAGGGAUUCGACAUGAAAUGAUCAAGCGUAUGAUCUUAUAAGAUCAUAUAACAUCUUGUACUUUCUUAUAAGGUUGUAUAAUUUCUUACAGCUUCUUUCUGUAGGGUCAUACAAGAUCUUGCGCACUCCUGUCAUAAGAAAAUCUUGUAAAGUCUUAUAAGAAUCUUACUACAAGAUGUCAUAUGAAAUCUUGUAAGACCUUAUAGGAAUUCGAUAAGAAUUUAUAAGAUCUUUUGAAAUCUUGUGAUUUCUUAUCAUAAGAUCCUCCAAGAUGUUAUAUGAUCUUGUACGACCUUGCAAGCUCUUGUUAUCUGAUUCUGGGUCCUUUUAACCUUGGUUAAGCUAGUCAAAAAAAAACCAUUUUUGCUUGGAUUAUAAUGUGUGAUCUACUCCCAGCGAUUGUUCUAGCUUAUCUCAAUCAAAAUAAACAAAUUUUUCCGUCUUAGUCCACAGCUACGUAUCAUACAAAAAAGAAAGUUGUUAGAUUAUUCGUUAGAUGCCAUCUUACUCAGAUUUCAUUUCCGGUCUAGGUAGGCAUAUAUUACUAUUUAUAUAUUGCUUGUUAGAUUGUCCUUAAAAUUACGUUCAUUCGUUUGUAGAUAACUUUUCAUGUCAACUAUGAAGAGUAGCGCUGCUGACUGUGUGAAUAAUUUAUUAUUUAAAGACCUGUAGUCAUUUUUUUUAAUACUAACUUAUAGCACGCCAUAUUGUUCCUUAAUUGUAGUAUGUGUAUCUGCUCUGCAUUUGUUCAACGAUAUAUAGAGGCUUUGCCGAACAACGUACGAAUGAGAGUAAUGGAUAUGGUAGAAGAAAUGACCAAUUAUUCUGGUAAGAAAAAUAGAAUAGUGUAAAAAUAGCGAAAAGAGCUAAAAAUAAGAUAUUUCUCGUUACUCUGUUUUAUUUUUCUGUCCACUAUUUUAUAUUUUUCUAUAUCAUUCAUUUUUUAUCUUUUAUUUACAGAAUAGACUAAUAUAUACAACAUACUUUGCUUUUCUCAAAUCGCAAUGAGACGGUAUUUAGACACGUUUGCUCUUCUAUACUUUGACGUAAUAAAUAAACUGACUGUUAUGUUUAGAGUGAAUCGAAUACCAAAGUUUGGCGAAGGGGAUUACACUGCUCAAAAUCAAUCACACGAAAAUAAAUUAUGGACAGAUUUAAAUAUAACAGGCGAAGAAAAAGCCAGCAUGACUGCAAAUAAAAUCGAAUUGAUUUUAAGAACUGUGCGUCAUUUGCAAGAGACGAAUGCCAAAGAAGCUAUUGAUAUUCUUCAAUCUUUUCUUCAAUUAUCCAACAUGUUACCGUUUUUCAAAUACUUCUAUUUGUACCCAACACUUCCCGUUUAUCGUCACGAAUUUCUUCAAUAUCAAGUUGAUUUAUUAAAAAAGUAUCAUUUAUCGUCACAAUCGUUGAUAUCCUUCAGUUCGAAAAUCCCACUCUCCACCGCAACUCAACUAGAACAAAAUUUUCAGUUGAUAUUUGAUACAUUAUCACAACUGAUGCCAUUCACAGAUGUUAUAAAUAGUCUGAUAUCGAUUAGAAGUACAUUCAUUGAACAGAUAAUCAUACACCAGUAUAAAAAAGAUCAAUAUAAAUGGCCAGAAAAAUGUGUUUAUUUAUCUCAUUUAUUUGAAAUAUGUUUGAAAAUCAUCCAUCAUGAUCUGAUGAUAAUUCGUUCUAUUGCUCAAGAGAAUUAUGUUGAACAUUAUUUAAAAUUAACGAUAUUAAAGCAUUUUCAAGCUCUAUUUAAAGAAUUUUAUGAACAAUUUUCAGUAAAAGUAGCAAAAUCUACAUCAACAACCCAUGUGGAAUUGGCAGAUAUUAAACACUUAGCAAUGUUAAUCGAAAAUUUUAUAAAAAUAGAAGAACUGAUAAAUGAUCAAACAUUUCAAGUCGGAAAAAAGUAUUUUCGAGGGCAAGAAAAUAAAACAGAAUAUGUGCAAAAUUCAAUCAAAGAUUCUUUUUGGUAUACAACGAUCAAUUUGAUCAAUGAACAAUUUUGUCAAAUAAUACUUUCAUCUAUCCGAUCUAUAUGUGGUGAACUUAUUGCUGACAAAAACAUUUUUAAACAAUUUGAAUCUAUUGAUAAAUUAGUAGAAUAUACUCCACAACCAAAUGGAAUUGUGACAUUCAUUUAUCCUGAUAUAUGCAAACUAGUAACACUAUUGAAUGAGUAUAAACAUGCUAUAGAUGAGUCCAAUCAAGUAUUUGCAUCCACCAUUGAAAAACAACGUUUCAAGGAGAAAUUUAUCGAAAUAAUCAAUGAUUACAUUUUCAAAUUAUACAAGCAAACAUCCAAAGUAUUUGUUCAAUAUCCUGAAACAUUUUCUCUCGAUCAUUGUUGUGCAGUAUUAUCAUCAUUCUGUGUUAUACAUUCUACAUUAGAUUAUCUUUUAUCAUCUAAUAUUCAUUAUAAAUUGAUAGUUGAAUCAAAUAAUUUAUAUUUUUAUGAAUUUAUUCGCCAAUUUUGUGAUAUUAUUUUAUCAAAUUGGCAAUUAAAAUUAAUUCAAGAUGUUGAUGCAGGUGAUUGGUCAAAUUCAAAAUCUUAUUACGAAGAUACUCGUUAUUCAAUUUAUAUUGAUAGUCUAUUUCAUCAUAUAUACCGAUUACAACAAUAUUUACAAAAAUAUUGUUCAUUAUUAACUUUAUACAUAGUUCCUUAUCUAAUUACAAAACUAAUGCAAUUCUUUAAUGAACGAUAUUCAUCUGUACGUGCAUCAUAUUCAAGACUUAAUCAAUAUCGAACAGAUAUUUUAGCAUUUCUCAUGUACACAAGUGAAUAUUUACAUUAUUUCUUAACAAAAUCAGAAUUAUCCAAUAAAAAUUAUGAAAAUCUGUAUGAAUUAUUUAUUUCGUAUGGCAAUUCGUUAUUAGCCUCAUUAGCACUUGUUUCAUCACCAUGUGAUAUUCUCUUAGAAAAUUUAAAAGAAAUAAUUCAUCAAAUACCUACUACCAAUACUAUGUCGUAUAAUUGGUUACAUAUUAUUCGUUCAGAUUGGUAUUCUGAUACACAGAUGAAAUCAAAUGUGCAAAUAUUACAGAAAUUAAAAUUUAUAAUAACUGUCGGUAUUCGUUCAUGGUCAAUGCUUAGCGAGAUAUUAACGAAUAAUAUCACAAGUAAUUUAUUUGUUGAAGAUCGUGAAUUAUUAUCAUAUAAAAAAUCAUUUAUUUACAUGGUGACGUUACAUGAAAAUGAAAAUGGUUGUAGUAUAAUAUUAGAUCACAUAAUUAGACAUGAAAAGGAAUGGACGUUUCUAAACGAUACAAAACCAACGUUAAAAGUACGUAAAAUAUCUGAUAAUAUUUUUUUCAUCUAA